AUGUUUGAAAACCAAGUGAGAAUUAUAAAGAUGUGUGAUAAACCAAUUCAGAAUAUGAAGAUGUCUAUAAACCAAGAGAGAAUGUCAUGUGACAUUAAACAUUCCUCUAUGCUAGAAAGAGGUUGUCAAGGACCAGAUAUUGUAUCAAUGCUACGGCAUCAGGUUAUGCCAGAAUCUUCAGAUGCUGGAUCUGCCUCCUCUCUGUUGAUACAGUUGUUUGCCAGAAUAACUGCUCAGUUCCUCGGUCGCCAUCAAUCAGCCCCGGUCACCAUUAGCCUCGGUCACCACUACUCGGUCACCAACAGCUCGGUCACCAACAGCUCUCGGUCACCAUCAAUGUCUUGGUCACCAUCAGUCACCGUGGAGCCUGAGAGGUCACCAGGCCAGGAUUGCAUCAACGCAGCAAGAGGCAGCAUCAACACAGUAAAAGGCAGCAUCAACACAUCAAGAAGUAGCAUCAACACAGCAAGAAGUAGCAUCAACACAGCAAGAGGCAGCAUCAACACAGCAAGAGGCAGCAUCAACACAGCAAGAGGCAGCAUCAACACAGCAAGAGGCAGCAUCAACACAGCAAGAGGCAGCAUCAACACAGUAAGAGGCAGCAUCAACACAGUAAGAGGCAGCAUCAACACAGCAAGAGGCAGCAUCAACACAGUAAGAGGCAGCAUCAACACAGCAAGAGGCAGCAUCAACACAGUAAAGGUAUCGUCAAUACAGCCAGAAGCCGCGUCAGCACACAGUAACGGCAGUAGUAAAAGCAACAACAAUAGCAGUAGCAACAUCGGUAACGACUGUACUACCAGUAGCAACAGCAGUAACGGCCGUAGUACCAGCAGCAACAGUACCAGCAGCAGUAAUGGCAGCAGUACCAGCACCAACAAUAGCAACAGAAAUAACAGCAGUAGUACCAGCAGCAACAGCAGUAACGGCAGUAGUACCAGCAGCAACAGCAGUAACGGCAGUAGUACCAGCAGCAACAGCAGUAACGGCAGUAAUACCAGCAUCAACAGUAGCAACAGCAGUAACGGCAGUAAUACCAGCAACAACAGUAGCAGUGGCAACAGCAGUAACGGCAGUAAUACCAGCAACAACAGUAGGAGUGGCAACAGCAGUAACGGCAGUAGUACCAACACCAACAGUAGCAACAGCAGUAACGGCAGUAGUAGUACCACCACCAAGCCAACCAACUGA